UUAAUCUUAAAAAUUGUCACAAGGACCUUCAACUACAAGUCGAUGAUUUUAAGUCAAAUUUGAAGUAAACUCUAAACUUCUGUAGGUGUUGUAUCCUUUAUUAAUUAAUCAAAAUGAGAGAAAUAGUUCAUUUACAAGCUGGUCAAUGCGGAAACCAAAUCGGAGCUAAGUUUUGGGAAGUUAUUUCUGAUGAGCAUGGUAUUGAUCCCACCGGUACAUAUCACGGAGAUUCUGAUCUUCAAUUAGAAAGAAUAAAUGUCUAUUACAAUGAAGCUACAGGUGGUAAAUAUGUUCCAAGAGCGGUGCUUGUAGAUUUGGAACCUGGUACUAUGGACUCAGUUAGGUCAGGCCCAUUUGGACAAAUAUUUAGACCAGAUAACUUUGUUUUUGGACAAAGUGGUGCUGGAAAUAACUGGGCUAAAGGACAUUAUACUGAAGGCGCAGAACUUGUAGAUUCUGUUUUAGAUGUUGUUAGAAAGGAAGCAGAAAGUUGUGAUUGUUUGCAAGGAUUUCAACUUACACACUCUCUUGGAGGAGGUACAGGAUCUGGUAUGGGAACACUUCUAAUUUCCAAGAUUCGCGAGGAAUACCCUGAUAGAAUUAUGAACACUUUUAGUGUUGUACCUUCACCUAAAGUAUCAGACACUGUAGUUGAACCUUAUAAUGCAACCCUCUCAGUUCAUCAGUUAGUUGAAAAUACUGAUGAAACUUUUUGUAUCGAUAAUGAAGCCCUUUAUGAUAUAUGUUUUCGUACACUCAAGUUAACAACACCUACAUAUGGUGACUUAAAUCAUCUUGUGUCUGCAACAAUGAGUGGUGUAACUACAUGUUUGCGUUUUCCUGGUCAAUUAAAUGCUGAUCUUCGAAAAUUAGCUGUUAACAUGGUUCCAUUUCCUCGUCUUCACUUUUUUAUGCCUGGAUUUGCUCCACUCACUAGUCGUGGUUCACAACAAUAUCGUGCUCUGACUGUCCCUGAGCUCACACAGCAAAUGUUUGAUGCUAAAAACAUGAUGGCUGCAUGUGAUCCUCGUCAUGGUAGAUACUUAACAGUUGCAGCUAUGUUCCGUGGUCGUAUGUCAAUGAAAGAAGUUGAUGAGCAAAUGCUCAAUGUUCAAAACAAAAACAGUUCAUACUUUGUUGAGUGGAUUCCAAAUAACGUUAAAACAGCAGUUUGUGACAUUCCCCCACGUGGCCUUAAAAUGUCAGCAACAUUUAUUGGGAAUAGUACUGCUAUUCAAGAACUUUUCAAACGCAUCAGUGAGCAAUUUACUGCUAUGUUUAGACGAAAAGCUUUUCUGCAUUGGUACACUGGUGAAGGUAUGGACGAAAUGGAGUUUACUGAAGCUGAGUCAAACAUGAAUGAUUUGGUUUCUGAAUAUCAACAGUAUCAGGAUGCUACUGCUGAGGAGGAAGGCGAGUUUGAUGAAGAAGAAGGUGAGGAAGAGGAAGCUGCAUAAUUAUUAAAAAAGAAAGUAAAAUGUAGUAAUGUCGAAAUUUUAUUUGAAUAUAAAGUUGAGAUUA